AUGAAGCCCAUUGCUAUGUCCUUUAUAUUCGAUGAAUACGAAGGGUUGCGACAAUAUGUAGAUGGAAAGGUUGAUUCUUUUGAUUUCAUUGAUGUAGAAGAGUUUUGUUUGAAUGACAUGAAUGAAAUUAUUAGGGAGAUUGGUUAUAAACAUGGGUUAUGUUAUUAUCAUUACUUGGUACCUGAAAACAAUUUAGAUGAUGGUCUUAGGGCAUUAGUAUGUGACAUGCAUAUUGAUAUAAUGAAAAAGUAUGCUCCUAAGUAUAAACAAAUUGAUGUUUUUGUGGAACAUGGUUUUGGGAUAUCUAUUGCUCAAAUUAGGGAGAAAACCCCUGAGCUUGAACCAAUUAGGGAGAAUGUGGUUGAGACUGAGCUUGAGAAUGAACCAAUUAGGAAGAAUGUGGUUAGUUUAGAAGAAACAGAGGCAGUAGAAGUCAAUGAGGAUAGUGAAAUAGAUGGUGAAGAAGAGAAGGAUAAUGAAACAGAUGGUGAAGAAGAUAGUCAAAGUAGGUCAGAGGGAGAUGACAGUGAGGAUGUUGACUUUGAACUAGAUAAAGAUAGGGAUGUUGGGGAUGAUGAGGAUAGUGAAGAAGUUAAUGAAGCAAACCAGGAAGGUAUGCAAGAACCCAAAGGUAUACAAGAACAAGUAGGUAUGCAAGAACCAGUAGGUAUGCAAGCACCUAAAGCAGUUGAAUUUACACCACAUAUAGAUGAACUGAAUGUAAAUGAAGAGAUGUUAGGCAUUGGCUUUGAUGACUUUGAUAGUGGGCCUAAUGAUGACACCAUAUAA